AUGGAUACUUCACCACUAGCUUCAUCACCACCAUUGGAUUUUAAGACAAGAACAAUUGAGGUUGAUGAUAAACGCAUUAAGCUCCAGAUUUGGGAUACUGCUGGUCAAGAACGUUUUCGUACCAUCACCAAUGCUUAUUACCGUGGGGCGAUGGGUAUUUUGCUGGUAUAUGACGUCACUGACGAAACAUCCUUCAACAACAUUAGGAACUGGAUUCGUAACAUCGAACAGCACGCUUCGGAUAAUGUCAACAAGAUCUUGGUAGGGAACAAAGCUGAUAUGGACGAGAGCAAGAGGGCUGUGCCAACAUCAAGGGGUCAAGCACUUGCUGAUGAAUAUGGAAUCAAGUUCUUUGAAACAAGUGCUAGAACAAAUCUGAAUGUGGAAGAAGUUUUCUUCUCGGUAGCGAAAGACAUUAAGCAGAGACUCACUGAUACUGACUCGAGAGUAGAGCCUGCGACAAUUAGGAUGAACCAAACAGACAAGGCUUCUGGAUCAGGACAACAGAACUCUGCAUGCUGUGGAACUUAA